CAUAAGGAACUGUAUCUUGGGGCAUAAUAAGGAAUUUCCUUUUCGAGAAAUGUUAUCAGGAUUUACCCGGUACCUGUGAUUUAUUGUUUUUAAACAUUCGACCCGGGUGGAUACAGUUCCAAGACACUAUGGCAUUUCGUAAAGCAGUGAAAAGAACACUUUUUAUUGGAAGCGGUGCUUUGGCUGCAGUCUAUGGAUGCUCUCAGCUUACUGAUUACUACAAAAAACAUGCCCAGUUUUCCCUUGUGGAAGCUGCAGAACCAAUAAACAUACCUUACCAAGAUGAACUUCCAUCAAGAGAAGCUCAGUUGUCAGCUCUCCGGAACACCCCAGAAUUUGAUGUACUUAUUGUUGGCGGUGGUGCAACAGGGUGUGGCUGUGCCUUGGAUGCAGUUACAAGGAAUCUUAAAACAGCCUUGGUGGAACGAGAAGAUUUCUCUUCCGGGACCAGCAGCAGGAGUACUAAACUCAUUCAUGGAGGAGUGAGAUACCUACAGAAAGCCAUUAUGAAAUUAGAUUAUGAACAGUAUUUAAUGGUUAAAGAGGCACUACAUGAACGCUCUAACCUCUUGAAAAUAGCUCCUCAUUUAUCUGGACCAUUGCCUAUUAUGCUUCCAGUAUACAAAUGGUGGCAGCUGCCCUAUUACUGGGCUGGUAUAAAGAUGUAUGAUCUUGUCUCAGGAAGCCAGUGCUUAAAAAGUAGCUAUAUCCUCGAUAAGUCAAAAGCUCUAGAGCUGUUUCCAAUGCUCAAGAAAGACCAGCUUGUGGCAGCAAUUGUUUACUAUGAUGGACAGCACAAUGAUGCACGAAUGAACCUUGCCAUCGCCCUUACUGCUGCCAGGUAUGGUGCUGCCACAGCCAAUUACACAGAAGUCAUGCGCAUACUAAAGAAGACAGAUCCUGAAACUGGAAAGGAGAGGGUCUGUGGUGCUCGCUGCAGAGAUGUUAUAACAGGGCAGGAAUUUGAUGUCAGAGCCAAAUGUGUUAUCAAUGCCACGGGACCUUUCACAGAUUCACUGCGGAAAAUGGAUGAUCAGAAUAUCCCUAACAUCUGUCAGCCUAGUGCUGGUGUGCACAUCGUCAUGCCUGGUUAUUACAGCCCUGACAAAAUGGGUCUUCUAGACCCAGCUACAAGUGAUGGACGAGUUAUCUUCUUCUUACCAUGGGAGAAAAUGACUAUUGCUGGAACGACAGACACUCCCACUGAAGUCACUCCUCAUCCAGUGCCUAAGGAAGAGGAUAUAACUUUCAUUCUGAGCGAAGUCCGCAACUAUCUAAGCCCUGAUGUGGAAGUGAGAAGAGGGGAUGUCCUGGCUGCAUGGAGUGGUAUUCGUCCAUUAGUCACAGACCCUAACUCCAAGGAUACUCAGUCCAUUUGUCGAAAUCAUAUUCUUGACGUCAGUGAAAGUGGAAUGGUAACAAUUGCUGGUGGAAAAUGGACAACGUAUCGGGCUAUGGCAGAGGAAACUAUAGAUGCAGUUAUUAAAGCAAAUGGUCUUAAAGCAGGGCCCAGCAGAACUGUGGGCUUGGUGUUAGAAGGAGCCAAAGAAUGGACUCCUACUACUUACAUUCGCUUGGUUCAAGAUUAUGGUUUGGAGAUUGAGGUUGCUCAGCAUCUUGCUUCUACAUAUGGAGACAAGGCCUUUGAUGUGGCUAAAAUGGCUAAGGUUACUGGAAAAAGAUGGCCUAUAGUGGGAAAGAGGCUUGUGUCAGAAUUUCCUUACAUUGAAUGUGAAGUUCAGUAUGCAGUCAAAGAGUAUGCUUGUACAGCCAUAGAUGUCAUUGCACGCCGUACUCGUCUGGGGUUCCUGAAUGUUCAGGCUGCGGAUGAAGCACUGCCAAAAAUUGUAGAAAUCAUGGGUAAAGAACUGAAGUGGAGUGAACAGAAGAAAAGGGAAGAGCUUCAAGCCGCAAAACAGUUCCUUUACUAUGAAAUGGGAUAUAAAACACGAUCAGAACAGCUUACCAAUACUUCUGAAAUCAGCUUGUCUCCUGCUGAUGUGGACAGGUACAAGAAGAGGUUUCACAAAUUUGACACACAAAAGAAGGGAUUUAUAACAAUUGUUGAUGUCCAGCAUGUACUCGAGAGUAUUAGUGUUCAAAUCGAUGAAAAUACUCUCCAUGAAAUUCUAAAUGAAGUUGACCUGAAUAAAAAUGGACAAGUUGAACUCAAUGAAUUUCUUCAGCUGAUGAGUGCUAUUCAGAAAGGAUACGUCUCUGGUAGCCGUCUUGCUAUUCUAAUGAAAAUUGCUGAAGAAAGCCUGGAUCAGAGGGAACCCGUGUCAGUUGACCGCAGUGGAGGAGGAGUAUAAAUACUAAAGUGCCAGAAAUACCCCUGGGCAUCACUUAAUUCAAAUGGGCAGCUGCUGUCACCACGGCUUCCUGAAACUUGUCCAAGAGUUACUGAGUGGGUGCUUAACCCACAAAAAGAAGUCAAAGAACUUUUGUCUGUACAACAACUUGCAUUGCCAUGAUCAACCAUAUAAUUGGUUGUUUUUAGUGUUUUUUGAUUGUUGCCACUUAUGUUGAAUGUAGCGAUUCAAAAUGCACUGAGUUUUUUGUUAUUCUUACUUUAUUUUCUUUAGCUUUUACCUUGUAGACAUACAUAUGCUUAGAUAUAUGCAAUUUAUACAUACACAUUAUUUUUAUUUUUAUAUCCUAAAUGAGAGCACAAAAUGCUGCGUGUUGUAUUGAUUAAUUUCAAUAAGUAAGCAUAGUUGUAAAAGUCCAUUUUUCCGUUCCAUCAGUUGCUGUAAGUGAUGAUACAGCUUUUUAAUAACUUUUAGUGUUGUUUUAAUGUGCAAAUUACAUUUUAUAAAGUGUCAUUGACUUUAAAUAUUAUAUUACAUGUCCUGUGCCAUUAAGAUACUUGCACCUGAAAUGAUGAUGGUGUCAUAGCUGGCAGUUUUUGCCUUGGUAUGACUGUUUCACUACAUCUAACACUUUGAAUGAAAUAGAAAUAAAUAUAUUAUUGUUUUAAUUAGGGUCAUAGGCAGCCAGAACCAAGUCUAGAAGCAUCGGGUGAGUUAAAAGAUGGGUGGAUGGAUAGUUUUUAUCAAUAUGAAUUACUACAGUAUAUCAGCAGCUACAAAUAAUGCCUUCUGGGCCCUUAUGUUAAUCUUUUUUGCCUUUUUUUCUAAAACACUCCAUAUAAAGUUAAGUUUAAUAUGUUUAUUUGAUUUAUAUGCUUAUGUAAUUGACUACAAAAUCAACAGAGGCAUGCUUAAUGAGUGUAUAUGAUGGGUUAUUGAAAUUGUUUUUUAUCUGAAUUUUUUUUUCUGCUGAAUUAAGUGUUGUCUUUGAGCCUAGGUUUUAAUUUCUGUAUCUGUCUUUGCACAUGGUCUUUUUAUUACUGCUAAUUUAUUACUACUGGUAUGCAGAGUGAACUGCUUGCAUUUAUAGAGUAAUAAGGGAAUGUAUUUAAUGUGUUUUGCUUUCAGAGCCUGUAUGAAUUGAAAGCAUGAAUCAAUACAACUGAUUAAACUAUACACUCACUGGC